AUGGCUGUGCAGUGGCAUUCCCGUGGGCGUAAAUACGUGGAGGAGCUGCAGAGCUGUCGUUUUGAGGCGGUGCCUGUGGAGUUUGGCGAAUACCAUCCUCUCAAACCCAUCACUGUGACAGACACAAAGUCCCGCCGUGGAGCCCGCAAAGGCAGCACCUCCUCCUCCUCCUCUUCCUCCUCCUCGGCGGCGGCAGACCCCCUCAGCUCCAUGCUGGAUGGAACAGAUCCUUUGUCCAUGUUUGCUGCUGCCUCGGCCAGCGAGACACCUUCCCUCCCACACAGCGCUUCCACUGGGGAGCUAGGGAGGAAGAGGAGGGAAAAGGAGGAAGAGGCAGUGGGAGCAGACUUUGAACCCUGGUCGGCAAAACGAGGAGAGAUUUUGUCUCGGUUCACCACCACUGAAAAGCUUUCUAUUAAUCUCUUCAUGGGCUCUGACAAAGCCAAGGCCCCAAAUCCAGGUUCUUCUGCCGUAUCAGAGAAAGUUCGCACUCGCCUUGAAGAGCUGGAUGAUCUGGAGGAGGGCUCCCAGAGAGAGCUGCUAAACCUGUCCCAACAGGACUAUGCCAACCGCAUCGAAGAACUCAACCAGUCUUUGAAGGAGGCCUGGGCCUCAGACCAGAAGGUCAAGGCCCUCAAGAUUGUCAUCCAGUGCUCCAAACUUUUAUCAGAUACCUCAGUGAUCCAGUUUUACCCCAGCAAAUUUGUCCUCAUCACAGAUAUCCUUGACACCUUUGGCCGGCUGGUGUACGAGAGAAUCUGGACCAUGUGUUCAGACCCUCAACCCUUAUCAGACGCAUUUACCGCUGAAGAUGUCAACGACACUGCCAAAGAGACCUGUCUCAACUGGUUCUUUAAGAUCGCCUCCAUCAGAGAGCUCAUCCCUAGACUAUACGUUGAGGCAGCCAUCUUGAAAUGUAAUUGUUUCCUGAACAAGGCUGGGAUUCAGGAAACUCUCCCCCGGCUUACAGCUAUGAUCAGAGGGAUAGGAGACCCUCUGGUGGCUGUCUAUGCCAGAGCCUACCUCUGCAGAGUGGGUAUGGAGGUGGCCCCCCAUCUGAAGGACAGCCUGAACCGCAACUUCUUUGACUUGUUGAGCACCUUCCGUCAGAUCCAUGGGGACAGUGUUCAGAAUCAGCUGGUCAUCCAGAGGGUGGAGAUACCCCAAUACCUGACUCUCUACUCACCUGCCAUUCACUGGAUCCUGCAGUGUAUAGCCUAUAGAGCACCGGAGCCUCUUCUAAUGGAAAUGAUGGAGAGAUGCAAGAAGGUGGGGAACAAUGCCUUGCUGUUGAAUUCUGUCAUGUGGGCAUUCAGGGCAGAGUUUGUGGCAGCCAGAGCGACUGACUUCAUUGCAAUGAUUAAGGACUGCGACGAGGCGGGAUUCCCAAAGCAUCUGCUGUUUGGCUCUCUUGGUCGGAGUCUGGCCUGCGCUGACCCUCCUGAAGCAGAGAAACUGCCAAUCCUCAAUGAAGCCUGGAAGGUCAUCACCAAAAUCCGCAGCCCCCAGGACUACAUCCACUGUGCUGAGAUCUGGGUGGAGUUCACCUGUCGACACUUCACAAAACGUGAGGUCAACACUGUUCUGGCCGACAUCAUCAAACACAUGACCCCUGACCGCGCCUUUGAAGACGCCUAUCCACAGUUGCAGUCGGUGAUCAGGAAGAUCCUCACCUACUUCCAUGACUUUUCCGUCCUCUUCUCCAUGGAGCGUUUCCUGCCAUUUUUAGACAUGUUCCAGAAAGACAGUGUGAGGGUUGAGGUCUGCAGAGGCAUCAUGGAGGUCUUCAUCAAGCACCAGCUGGAGCCCACCAGAGACCCUGUCAUCCUCAACGCCUUACUGCAUGUCUGCAAGACCAUGCACGACUCUGUCAACGCACUGACUCUGGAGGAUGAGAAACGGUCUUUGGCUUCCCUGAUCAACGGCUUCAUACGCAUGGUGUCUUUUGGUCGGGACUUUGAGCAGCAGUUGAGCUUCUGUGUUGAGGCCAGAGCCACGUUCUGUAACCUGGAGCCAGUGCUCAUGCAACUCAUUCAUACGGUGAACCAACUGGCCAUGGAGACGAGGAGGGUGAUGAGAGGGAACCACUCCCGCAAAACCGCCUCUUUCGUCAGGGCGUGUGCAGCCUACAGUUUCAUCACAAUCCCAUCUCUGAGCAGCAUCUUCUAUCGCCUCAGCCUUUACCUGCUCUCUGGACAGGUGGCACUGGCCAACCAGUGUUUGUCCCAAGCGGAUGCCUUCCUGAAGGCAGCCGUCAGCAUCCUGCCCGAAGUGCCUCGGACCAUCAGUGUGGAGGGCAAACAGCGCUCCUCUGAGAACUUCCUACUGGACUUCAUCAACAACUUCCUGUCCACGCUGCUGGUCAUCCCGGACCAUCCAGAACAUGGCGUGCUCUACCUGGUCCGUGGCUUACUCAACAUGGUCCAGGACUACACCUGGGAGGACAAUAGCGAUGCGAAGGUCAAGGUUUACAUCAGCGCCCUGCCCCUGUUGGCCGCCAUGAGUCAGGAGACGUACCUCCACUCCAUACCCAAAGUGGACUCCAAUGAGACUCUUUAUGGAGGAGACCCCAAGUUUUUAGGCGAGAUCAACAAGUUGUGCGAGACCCUGAUAGGUCAAGUUCUGGACCACCUGAAGGUGCUUGGCCGAGACGAGCAUAACGUGCGUCGUCAGGGCGCUCUGGCGUUUUCCCUGUUUGGCAUCCUGCUGGCACACGGCGAUCUGCGGAACAACAAGCUAAACCAGCUGGCCGUCAACCUGUGGAACCUCAGCCACAAACAUGGCUACUGCGACACACGCACCUCCGUGCGUACUCUGGAGUACAUCAAGCAUCAGGCCCAGCAGCCUGACAUGGCCCACAUCUCAGACAUGGUCCAGAGGCUCACGCUGCAGUCCCGCACUUGAACGCGCGUCUGAGAAAAGCUCCGCCCUCGCUUGACUGACAGGCGCCUCUCACACAGGAAUACACUAAACCAUUGACUUGACGUCCGAGCGGGACAGGUGUGUGUUGGACAUGCUCACUUUUUUUCUCUCGCGUGAACAUUCGCUGGUGUUUGGAUUUGGUCCUGAAAAUAGGAAAAGCCUCCGUUCGAACUGGGGAGCCGGCCUUUCAGAAGAGGGGCAGGCCGCUGUAGCUGUGCGCCUCGUGGACUUGUGGUGUCAUGCCCCCCCCCCCUUAAAUAUGCUAAAAUACACUGCUUCCUGCUCUUUUAGAGUGCUGCAAGAAAAAGAAGAGCCGUCCAAGGGGAUUUUAACUCAGAAACUGUGCCACUGGUGUCCUCUUUGCAUUGGAAGAUAAUCCAGCCUCGUGCAUAUGAUUUAACUCAUUAAUGUGCGAUUUAAUUAUUGUAUUACAGAACACAGUAUUCAUGUUAUGCACUGCUAUGGCUGCAAAUCAAUUACAAUCCUGCACUAACAUUUCGUUAAGUUUGAUCAUGUC